UGAUACUAUGCAGAUCGCAAAUUAGUGUCGUGUUAAAUGAAAGUCGUCUUAUUAGGUGAUGAUGCAGUUCAAGGUGAAAGUAUUCAUAUUUAAGUAAACGGAUUAUGUCGUUAAAUAUUAUGAUACAACUUGGAUUAAUAUUGCAGUACAAGGUUGCAAUGUUGUGCAAGCCAUUUCACUUUCAGUAUUGUUCAGUAAAAGUAGACGGAAGAAUAAUAUAUGAUAAAAGCGACAAAAGUGACAUCAAUUUUCAUCAUAUCUCCAUCUUUUCAACGAACAGGAUAACAGGACUAUUACAACAAGCUUGCCAAGGCCAGCACAAAACACUUGUUCUCUUCAUUGCUUUAAAACUAGGGAAUCCAAUGGAGAUAAAGUGUUUUCGAUAUAUAAAAAAAAACAAUAUGGACAACGACUAGCAAUUGCCUUUGUCAAUGGUUACGAUUUGUAGAACAAUAUUGCAUGUUUUUACUUUUAAAGUACAUUUUAUUCCUACUGCCACUUUUCAGCUACUUUUUUAGAAGACGAUCACCACUCUAUUAGACUAUCGAUGUAUAGCCACCUCAACUUCACACGGUCGCCAACAAAAAUUUCAAGCCGACGGUGAUCAGCGAUUGAUGGAGAACGAAUAUUCUAUACAUUUUUCCAUAUGCAAUAUCAUGUCAUUCUGUAUAUAUUAUAUUUUAAGUCAAAUAAAACCAACCAAAAAUAAAUCUUGUUAUCAUUACUUAUUACAGCUACUUUCAGAAAACUCAUCAUGGCUCCCUCAAACUAUUUCCCCCUAACUACAUUUGCUUCACAUGUAGUUGUUUUUGACUUCGCUUUUAC